AUGGACACGAAGGAUAUCGAGUCCUUCCCGACCAGGACAAUAAGCGGUGCUGGCUCGGUCUCGACAGCCAACGUCGGCCGCGAUGCGCUGGCCGAUGUGACGCCGCCGCACGACAGUUACGAGGGCAGGCACCGCUUCGACCCAACGGCAAAGUGGACCGACGUGGAAGAGCGCCGCGUUGUCCGCAAGACGGAUUUGUACCUGCUCUCCAUCUUGUGCGUCAUGUUCUUCGGCCUCCAGCUGGAUCGUGGCAACCUGUCCAACGCCCUGGCAGAUAAUCUGCUGAAGGACCUCCACCUGUCGACGGACGACUACAACAACGGCACUACCAUUCAGCUCCUGUGCUUCCUGGCCGCCGAGUUUCCCGCCCAGAUCCUCAUCAAGCGGUUCGGCUUCAAGUACAUCUUGCCCACAAUGAUGUUUCUCUGGGGCACGGUAUCAUGGGCUCAAGCUUGGAUGACAGGCCGCACGUCCUUCUACAUCACCCGCGCCUUCAUCGGCCUGUGCGAAGGCGGUUUCAUACCGGGAACGAUCCUCUUCGCCACGUACUUCUACAAGUCCAAGGAGCUGUCUCUGCGGCUAGCCGCCUUCUGGUCCACCCUGAACAUCGCACGGGUCAUAUCUGCGUUGCUAGCAGCAGGCAUUCUUGAAAUGCGAGGUAUAGGAGGCAAGCCGGGGUGGUUCUGGCUGUUCCUGCUCGAGGGGCUGUUGACCUGCGUCAUUGCUGUCGUGGCCUUCUUGUACCUUCCAACGUCCCCCGUCUCGACCAAAGGAGUUCUUUGGCGCAAGCCCUGGUACACAGAACGCGAGGAGGUGAUCAUGGUCAACCGUAUUUUGCGUGACGACCCUGCAAAAGGCCUCACGGCGAUCAAGGAGCCCCUCGCCUGGAAAGAUGUGCGAGCGGCCUGGGCGGACAGCUCCAUGUGGGGGCUGUACUUCGUUGGCUUGGUCGCUUAUAUCCCCGCCACUCCGGUGCAGUCUUACCUGACCUUGACGCUCAAGAGGCUUGGGUUCUCCACCUUCAACUCGAACAUGUUGACGAUUCCCUCGGCGGUGCUCCAGAUCGUCACAAUGCUAGCGCUGGCAUUCAGCAGCGAUUACUUCAACGAGCGGGCGUUCCAUGCCUUCUUCGGCGAGUUCUGGAUCAUGCCCUUGCUCAUCGCUAUGCUGACGUUGCCGAACGGAGGCCGCGACUGGGGCCGUUUCUCGCUGGUCACCUUGAUCUCGGGGUACCCAUACUUCCAUCCCAUCAUCUCCAGUUGGCUUUCCGAGAACACCUUCGACGUAAAGAAGCGUGCCAUUGCUGCGGCAACCUACAACGUGAUCGUCCAGAUUGGAAGUCUGAUCGGAUCACAGAUAUACAGGUCGUGGGACUCACCGUACUACAAACACGGCAAUGCAGUCCUGCUGGCGAUCUGUGUGCUCGCGCUUUGUGUGAUCCUGGUGCAGCGGCAGGUCUUGAUAUUCUUGAACAGGAAGAAGGAAAGGCAAUGGCAGAUUAUGAGUGCGGAGGAGAAGGCGGCGUACCAGAGCGAUACCCAGGCAAGGGAAAAAGAAGGAAACAAGAGGCUGGACUUCCGUUUCGUGUACUAG